UCAACAAGGAAGUGCCUUCAAUUUGCAUAAUUUAUGCACCAACUCGGUUGCCAUAGUUACAAGUCGAAACACGAACACUGUUAUGGCCGGUCGAAACGACGUUAACUGUGUGCUAGCGUAACAUCUCCUCCGUUUAGUUUCCGUUACGUAUUCCCCGCUAGUUGUUUUCCAAAAUGUCAACAGCUCCUGUUCAGAGAGUAUUUUUUGGCAGCUCUCAGGAGAGGAAACUCUUCCCCUUCCAUUAUGCACCAGACCGGCUGGGAAACCAAAUGUCACGACAGGAAGCGCCGAAUGUCGGUCCUGGCUGCUAUGACAACCAUGAGUUUGGCACCAUAGUUUAUGACUUACAGAUGACACCACAGAGUAAGAAAGGAUAUGGUCUCUCUGCGAGGACUGCAGCACGCUUUCCACCUUGUAGCAAGACAGUGACCCCUUCACCACAGCAGUACCAGCAGGAUCAAAGCCAGUCCAGAAUCUCCCCUCCUGGAAAAACACCUUUCAACUCAGCUACACAGAGGUUCAAAAUGACAUCACGCACCGCUGAGGAAAGUCCAGGCCCUGGGACCUACACCCAUGACGCAGUAACAAACAGGAAAGUGAGCUGGCCGAUGUGCUUUGGGAGCCCAGACUGGACCAGACUACCUCAGCUGGAGAAAAAGUCACUCAGGGUGAAGCUAAACAGUGAAAAGGAGUUCCUGAAGCAAAGGAGCAGAGUGGCCUACCUGAGUUUGUACUAUUAACUCUCUGAUGGAUGAAGA